UGUUUGACCACACAGCACUGCGCCCUUGUUUAUGUUCUUGAGCUGAAGAGCAGAAAGUUUGUCUCCCAGGCCGCGGCUCCUUUAAGUUCAGCUGGGUGGAGUCGCACAGGAAGUGAAGUGUCAACGCUAGACUCGCCAAAACACAGAGAGAGCCGGAGACGUGGUGCUGUGAUGGUCCUGGACCUCGGUACGCUUUUAAACUGGUAACCACCACACGUCCAGAGCAGAGCGUUGGUUGGAGUGUGUUUAGAGGACUGGUGUUAGGAAGCGUGGAGUGCUGGCGUCAUGGUGAAGAAUGUGGUGUCGUGGUGAAGAAUGUUCCGCAAGGGCAAGAAGCGCCACAGCAGCAGCAGCUCCCAAAGCAGUGAGAUCAGCACCAAGAGCAAGUCUGUAGACUCCAGUCUGGGAGGCCUGUCCAGGUCCAGCACAGUCGCCAGCCUGGAUACAGACUCCACCAAGAGCUCAGGUAACAGUGCGUCCGAGACAUGUGCUGAGUUCAGAGUGAAAUAUUUGGGAGCUGUUGAGAAGCUGGACUUUGAGAUGAGCAAAACCCUCCAGGAGCCAUUAGACCUGAUCAGCUAUAUUGACGCAGCUCAGCAAGACGGAAAGUUGCCAUUUGUGCCUGGAGAAGAGGAGAUGAUCCUGGGAGUGUCCAAGUAUGGAGUCAAAGUGGCGUCUUUGGAUCAGUGUGACGUGUUACACCGCCACCCUCUCUACCUGAUAGUGCGCAUGCUGUGCUAUGAUGACGGUCUUGGAGCUGGGAGGAACCUCCUGGCACUCAACACCACCGAUGCCAAGCAGCAGGAGUGCAGCAUCUGGGUCUACCAGUGCAGCAAUGCGGAACAAGCUCAAGCCAUCUGUAAAGUGCUCUCAGCUUCCUUUGACUGUGUUCUGGCUUCGGAGAAAUCCUGAGGCCCGUCUCUCCUGUGAAGGCCAGGCCUCUAACAAAGGGGUCAAAUUGGCAUAACGGCAUGUAAUGUUUACAGUGUCCAUAGAAGUCACCCUUUUCACCCCGAACCGAGGCCAUUUUUGCUCCUCCUCUUGUAGCGGUUAAGUUCAGGAUUAAAACUAAGGUAUAUCUGCUCCAUGAUCAGGAUAUAAGAGCGACCUCUGCAAGGAGCAGUGUUUAUAUCAGUCAUGUACAUUCUAUCCUCUGCUUCUGAUAUUACAAUCUCCAGCAUCCAAAGGCUUUCCAGGCCAGCCUUUAGCCUAAUUUAAUCUUAUUUAAUGUAAAUAUACACUGAGCUCAGCAUAUGUUCUCUGCUGUGCUCCAGGAACUGUGCAUCUCAUGGGAUUAAUGCUAUCAGUGGUACAGUAUUUACAGAGCACAAGGACUUAUUCAUCAAACAUGCUGUAAAUUCCAGCUAUCUGUAGCUCUGUGGGUGGAAGGUUGGGGAGGUCUGCUGUUCACUGCUGUUUGUAACAGACCACCCUCUCCUGUCCUCUCAUAAAUCCUGGUCCAGAUGGGACUGGAUCAGUUCAUACGGUACUAUAACCUCAAAAACGGUACAAUAAACUUUUUAAUUGAUUUGAA